AUGGCAUCACAAGACUCCCAACCAUUCCACUGGCACUACGCAGAACCAGACGAAAAUGACUUGCAAAUCCGUGGCAGCGCUUUCUUUUUUGUUAUCAUCGUCUGCUCCAUUUUCAUCCUUAUCACUCUACUCUCCAUCUACGCUCGUUGGGUCUGCCUUGAGAACCGGCAGCAUCAUCUUCCCUCUAGACGUCACGUGCCCCACGCGCCUCGUCUUCCUCCUCGAGGUCUCGACUCUACGACCAUCAAGGCUUUGCCGAUAACUUUGCACAAGUCAAAUUUGGGUACCAGUAACAAUGGCACUGUAGUCGAAAGCGAGUGCUGUAUAUGCCUUGGUGUGUUUGAAGAUGGUGAUAAGCUGAAAGUUUUGCCGCAGUGUCAGCAUUGUUUUCAUUGUGAGUGUGUCGAUAAGUGGCUUGUGACUCAGUCAAGUUGCCCACUCUGUAGAACUUCUCUCGGAGCUGACUCGGCUGUUUUAACAAUCAUAACGGAGUAA